AUGAAUUUAUCUUCUCCAUUGGCUCGUAUUGAUAUACACACCCACAGUUUAACAAAUGAACUAAAUGCAAAUGCGCAGGAAUAUCUUGAAUUACGAUCACAUGUCGAUGGUGAUUUUCGUUUAAAUUUAUUUAAAGAUGGAAUGUUUUUUCGAACUAUUGAACCACAUUGUUUUGACAUUAAUAUUCGUCUUCGUGAAAUGGAUGAAAACAAUAUUUCUAUGCAAGUACUUUCAACAAUUCCAGUUUUAUUUAAUUAUUCAAGUGAAAAGUUUCAAAAUGUUCUUGAACUUUCUCUUGAAUUAAAUGAUCAUAUAGCACCUGGUUGUCGACAACAUCCAACACGUUCUAUUGGUCUUGGUGCAGUUGCACAUCAUUUAGCUAUUAAUGAACUUCGUCGAUGUGAUAAUGAAUUAGGAUUAAACGGUGUACAAAUUGUUUGUGAAGUUGAAAAACUUGAUGCUUGUGUUUUUAUUCAUCCACGGGAUAUGCCAACGGGAAAAUGUUACGAUGCUUAUUGGAUGCUAUGGUUAUGCGGAAAAAUAUCCAAAUUUCAAUUAGCGUUUGCUCACGGUAGUGGUUCAUCUCCAUUUACUGUCGGUUGUAUUACUCAUGGGCAUGAAUGCCGACCAGAUUUAUGCGCAUAUAAAAAUAAUCAUCGACCACCAUCUUAUAUUGACCGAUUUUAUGUUGAUUCACUAGCUCAUGAUUCUCGAGUAUUGAAGUUUCUUGUUGAAAUAAUGAAUGAGAUUUGUUUUAUGUUUGAAUCUGACUGUCCAUUUUCACUUGCUGAAGAUAAACCUGGUGAAUUAAUAGUUAAAACAUUUAAUAAUGAUUUAGAUAUAUUUGAAAAACUGUUAAAGAGAAAUACAAGACAUUUUUUUUAUAUUUAG